GCCCGGGCCGCGGGUAGCCAGCGCGAGCGGCCGGCCGAGCGGCGGAGCGGCCGCCCACCCCGCCAUGAGGAAGAGCGGCUCCGGCAAGCGGGGGCCCCCGGAGGGAAGCCAGCACCCCGCGGCGCCCGAGAAGGUCGGCUGGGUCCGGAAAUUCUGCGGGAAGGGCAUUUUCCGGGAGAUUUGGAAAAACCGCUAUGUGGUGCUGAGAGGCGACCAGCUCUACGUCUCCGAGAAGGAGGUAAAAGAUGAGAAAAAUAGUCAAGAGGUGUUUGACCUGAGUGACUAUGAGAAGUGUGAAGAGCUCCGGAAAUCCAAGAGCAGGAGCAAAAAAAACCACAGCAAAUUCACCCUGGCCCGACGCAAGCAGCCAGGCACCACGGCACCCAACCUGAUCUUCCUGGCGGUGAGUCCUGAGGAAAAGGAGUCGUGGAUCAACGCCCUGAGCUCAGCCAUCACCAGAGCUAAGAACCGGAUCUUGGAUGAGGUCACAGUCGAGGAGGACAGCUACCUUGCCCACCCUACUCGAGACAGAGCAAAAAUCCAACACUCCCGCCGCCCUCCAACUCGGGGACACCUCAUGGCUGUGGCGUCGACCUCUACCUCAGAUGGGAUGCUGACACUAGACCUGAUCCAAGAGGAGGACCCUUCCCCAGAGCAGCCAGCCUCCUGUGCCGAGAGCUUCCGGGUCGAUCUGGACAAGUCUGUGGCCCAGCUGGCUGGUGGUCGCAGGAGAGCGGACUCAGACCGCAUCCAGCCCUCCUCACACCGGGCAGGCAGCCUCUCCCGGCCGUGGGAGAAGCCGGACAAGGGCGCCACCUACACCCCGCAAGCACCCAAGAAAUUGCCCUCUACCGAGAAGUGCCGCUGUGCCUCCCUGGAGGAGAUCCUGUCACAGAGGGACACGGAUCCAGCCCGACCCCUCCACCUUCGGGCGGAGGAAGCCCCCGCCCCCGCCCAGCCGGGUCAGCUGGCCCGGAUCCAGGACCUGGUAGCAAGGAAACUGGAGAAGACUCAGGAGCUGCUGGCCGAGGUUCAGGGACUGGGAGAAGGCAAGCGGAAGGCCAAGGACCCGCCACAGUCUCCACCCGACUCUGAGUCGGAGCAGCUGCUGCUGGAGACAGAGAGGCUGCUGGGAGAGGCUUCCUCCAACUGGAGCCAGGCAAAGAGGGUACUGCAGGAAGUCAGGGAGCUGAGGGACCUGUACAGGCAGAUGGACCUACAGACCCCCGACUCCCGCCUCAGGCAGAGCUCCCAGCACAGUCAAUACCGGAAGAGCCUGAUGUGAAGGAGGGGGCGGGUCUGGAAUUUGGGGGCCACAGACUCUUUAUCUUUAAAUGUUGCAGGAUAAAGCUUUUUUUAUUUACCUCAAUCCCGAAAAAAAAAAAAAAAUGAAAUUCAUUGCUUUUGCUGA